AUGCAGCCAAUUUCGCCUGUUGAACUCUUCAAAAAUGCUCCCAAACAAGGUGUACUGUAUUCAGCAUACACAGGCGAUGACAAUUCAACAACAGAAAGCUAUCUUCAUCAGAAGGUUCCUUAUGGAGUAGAGAAUUCAGCAAUAUUAUCCACAUGUAACAGUCUCUCACAACCAGGUUAUACAACCUCAGCAAAAUAG